AUGGCGGCCAAUUACUGGCACUCCACACAAUGCAAUACAUGGCUUCUCGACCGCUCGACAUUGGAAGCUAUGCGCGACAUGGACUGCCGAUUCGCCGACUCCCACGAGCUGGCGGCCGUGUCGACCUGGUGCAUUCAUUUGAUCGCGAUGUUAUCGAAACGUCUCAAUUUACGGCAGCGUGUGGUAUCCACCGCAAGUGUUUAUUUUCAGCGAUUUUACAGCAAGAAUACGUAUGCAGGCACAGAUCCGUUUCUUGUGCUAACGACCUGUGUCUAUCUCGCAGCAAAGGUUGAAGAAGCGACCGUGCGCAUUAAGACAUUGUGUGCGGAAGCGUCCAAGAUGUUUUCCGAGAUGGGAUACAAGGAAUUGCCCAACAGUGUGCCCAUGGUGGCCGAGAUGGAGUUCUUUCUUAUGGAAGAGCUCGAAUUUGAUCUGAUUGUGUUCCAUCCCUAUCAUAUUUUAGAAACACUAUGCGAUGCAUGCAGUGCCGUGAUCGAGGUAAUGCAGCCAGCAGCGGACCCAGUCCAGAUUCCGCGUGUGCCAUCACCAUCGACACCUGUGCCCGGGCUUGCGCUCGUGGACGAGAAGCCUGACCUGGAGCGGGAGAACCAGCUGCUGCAAAUGGCUUGGUUUGUGGCGAAUGAUUUGUAUUGUAUGGAUCUGCCCCUACGGUACCCACCCUACGUGCUCGCUGUCGCGAGCGGCGUGCAUCCACGCGAGCUUGGAAAGAAAAGACGUGCAGAUACCAGAGGGCGACAAUGCGCGUAA